AUGAGUGAUUUUAACCUGUCUCAGGAUAUAGAUGGGUUCCUUCUUAGCAACACAACCCCACAAAACGCAAAAAGCUUUAAUGUCUUAACAGUUAAUUCGCCAUUUACGUCGCCGACGUUAAGAAAACAAAAACUUGGGACUUCUGACAUAUUUGACUCAUCAAAUGCCCCCACACCAAAACAAACGUUCACAACUGACUUCACAAAAGGGCAAUUCACCAGCCCACUCAUUUCCAGUGGAAUGCCCACGCCUGCCUCUGCGUUGGAAAAGACACCACUCCUUUCAAAGUUGUUACUCAACUCAAAACCACGACCAGUCCCAGCACAGUUGUCACCAGCCUUAUUAUGCAAAGACGUCUCAAAGUCGCAGCUCAGAUUUUCACAAGACCCCAGCAUUGAUUCGUCGCAAAACGACGAGGUGGAAGUAACAGAUAAAAAACCUCUUAUCUCGGCCCAGUUACGUCUACCGAACAAACCCAACGAAUUUGAACAGCCUGAACCACCGUCCACCUUCAGAGUGCUCUCGCUUAGUACAACGAACAACAGACUCGGAAUCGCGACACUUGACAUCGACGAAGGAAAAUUGGAAUUAUCUUCUAUGUUCUUAGACCCAGCUGAGUGCUCGACCUUGGACUGCUACCUAUUUCAAUCUUCCGCUUCUGUGGUAAUAACGCACUCGAAAAUACCACCAAAUGUCCUUGCUCACCUUAAAUCGAAAGACAUUGAGUUGGAAAUUUUGCCUUCUGCUGAUUUUUCAGUGGAUUCGUGUGUCCAAAACUUUAAGGCAAUUCCACUCGGAUUCGUGAAGAAUCAACAAGACGAGAGGUCGCUUUUUAUUUCUCUUGCGUCGUACAUUUCGUUCGAGGAAAACAAUGAGUUGACAAAGGCCGUUGGUGGGGUUCUGGCGUAUUUCAGAAACUACAUUGCAGCACAACCAGAUGAACUCCGGAGAAAUUACUCCAUCAAAGACAUCUCGACAUUGCAGUGGGAUAGGACUCUCUUGAUUAACGAGCAAUCGUUUUCUGCGCUUUACAUUUUCAAAAAAGAGCAGCACCCAGACGUGCACAGCAAAGGAGGUUCUAAAGAAGGACUCAGUUUGUUUGGGUGCCUCAACAAAUGUAUAC